AGUGGACAGAGUGGCAAACUAGGACUCAGGAAGCCUGCAUCUGAAUCCGUGCUUAGCCGUGGAAGCUUGCUGCAGGUCUGCAAUUGGAAAAAACACUGCUUAAAUAUCUUAUUCGAAAGCCCUAUUAGGGUGGUUGUUAAGUCAGUUCUGACUUGGUGGCACAUAACUGGUUUGAGAGUCACUACCUGCCUCCCCCAUUCCAAUGUCUCCUGCAGUUGACUCUCAAGACUGCAUGCACCUUGAGUGCUCUGUGAAAGUUAGUGACUUUCAAGUUGUGGUCCUGAUAUAGAGCCAGGGUGGUUAUAGUGGUUAGAGGGAACAGGGUUGGGAAGAUCCUGAUUCCAAUUCCCACUGAGCCUUGAAAUUUAAUAGUUCACCUAUCUCAAAACGUUGUCAUGAAGUCAAACUGGAAGGGGACAUUCACACCCCUUUCCUCUUUGGAAGAGAGGCAUGGACAUAGCCGAACAUAACAUACCUGGAUAAAUCUACCAUAUUUUGCAAAGGCAAAGAAAAAACGGGGUGAAAGAGAAAAGCCACAACCAUAAACUAAGCAGGAAACACUGUAACUGGGACAAGGAUUUACAUAGGUUGCAAUCGGGAACCCUUCUGAGUAGGAAGGAAGUCCCUGUGACACAGUGGGACUUAACUGUGUUUCUCAAUAAUGGUGCUCAGGUCCUGCAGUUAAGGCAACCAAAAAAAUGGAACAGGGAGGAGAUACGUUGAUUGAGAGGACGAAAAGUAGGAAGUACCUUCCCGGCAAAAGAGGGGUGGGCCCCUGAUGGCCCUCCAGGUAUUGGCUAGACCGCAGCUGUCCUGGCGACCUCUCCCGAUUCGCUACCCUGGCUAGGGCGGGCGGACGGGACUGGCCGUCGAGCCACCUCUAAAGGGCGGCCACACGUUGCCCGGAAAGAUGGCGCCCCGGGCUCGCAGCCCGAGUGACUCUGGCAGCUUGUGCCGGGAAAGGAAAGGGAUCCAAGCCUACGUCCCUUUCUGAAUUCAGCAGCCUCUACUGUACUUCCGAGCAAGUUCCUGGCUUGCACUCCUGUCUCCUCUUAUGCACGUGUUCUUCAGAUUACAGAACUAAGCCCGCCACCGACUGAACUCUCGAGUACACAAGCGUAUGGCUCUGGAAACUUUGCAUGGAGCUUCUCUGCCUGGGAACCAGGAGGCCGGCCCUUCCUUCCUGCUUCGGCUCGAGGUGUCAAGUUGCCUGCCUGAAAGGAGCCCUCGUUCCGCCUAGGCCUUUGGCACCGCGGAGGCGAAGCGCCGCACUUCCUCCUUCUUCUUCUUCCCGAGCGUUGCUGCCCCUUUAAGGAGCGUCUCUCUUCUCGCCGAAUUGCAUCAGGCACGCGCGCGGCCCCCCGAGCUCGGGCUACUACCGUACCUGCUCUUCCUCCUCCUCCUCCCGAGGCGCGUUCGCGGCUAGAACGAGCGCGUGAGCGCGCGCGCGCGCUCUUGUCCUCCGUCUCUAAGCCUGGCUCUGAGGCGGAGCUGGCGGAGCGGCGCGCGCUCUCGCCGGCCAGUCGCGUGGUCUCGUUGCUUCUCCAUAUUGCUGCGGCGGCUUCAGAGGAGACGGGGGAGGGGGGACGCCGGGGUUGGGUUUCAAGGGUGGGGGGUGGAAGCCCGUGGCCCCCCCUCGCUUCGGGUCGCCUAUCUCACCUGAGCCCAAGGGCACGAGAGCGAGGAAGGCGAAAGCGUUGGGUUCGGCGAGGUGAUUUGGGGGAAAAGGGGUGUCGGCAAAGUUUGGGGCGGGCGCGUGUUGUCGGGGGAGAGCCUGGAGCCCGGGGAACGAAGAGGCUCUGCGGGGGCGCAGAUGGCUACCCAGGUGGAGGCUCUCCUGCCUGCCACCCCCCUGCUGCCCUCCGAGGAGCACGGGCUGGUGAUCAAGAAGCCUCAGGAGAAAGGCGAGCACCUCAUGCACCAAGGAGAGAAGGCCAGCACCGACGACGGAAAGGGGGGUGGCCCCGACAGCUGCAGCAAGGAAAGCGGCGGCGGCAGUGGCAGCAACGUGGGGGAGCAUCUGCGCCGAAGCGGGCCGCUCCUCAAGCCCCCCAGCAUCAAGCAACAGAAAGAGGACAGUAACCACCAAGAGAAGGAGAACCUGCUGCACCAGAGGAGCGGCGGCGGCGGCAUCGGCGGCCCCCUCGAAUCGAACCGGCUGCCCGGCGAGGCCAGCAGCAGCAGUAGCGGCGGCGAGGAGGGCGGCGAGCAGGGAGGAGUUGGGCGCAAGGAGUUCAUCGAGGCCCCUCCGCCCAAGGUGAACCCUUGGACUAAGAACGCCCCGGCGCCCGCCUUGGUCACCCUCAACGGACAGUCCCCUCCAGAGCAUUCAACUCCAGCCAAGGUAGUGAAAGCGGCAAACCCAAGGCAACGGAAAGGAAGCAAGGUUGGUGACUUUGGAGAUGCCACAAAUUGGCCAACACCAGGAGAAAUAGCUCAUAAAAGUGUCCAGCACCUGCCACAGAAGCCCCAAUCUUUGCGGAAACUUCCUGUUAAGAAAAACAUGAAGGAGCAGGAGAAAGGGGAAGGAAGUGAUGGGAAAGAGAACAUGAAAACCCGGUCAGAUGAAUCAGGGGAAGAAAAGAAUGGAGAUGAUGACAACCAAAAAUCUGCUCAGAAAAAGAAGGGCAGUAGACACAAAUGGGUUCCUCUGCAAAUAGAUGUGAAGUCCGAUGUGGCAAGGGACAAAACUGCUUCUCGCAACAACAGACAGAAUGAGCAACAUCGGCACCCUUCCAACAACCGAAAUGAAUCCAAAGGUUGGCAUCUAGAUAACAAACAUGAACGAAACUGGCCUGAUCAUGAUGAAACAUCUAGUGUCAAGAGUGAGGGGGCAACUGUGCGUGGUGCAUUCAGAGGUAGAGGCCGUGGCCGAGGGAGAGGAAGAGGAAGAGGAAGAGGAGGUACUCGCUCUCACUUUGACUAUCAUUACGGUUACCGGAAAUUUGAUGGUUCUGAUGGGUCACGUACUCAGAAGUACACUAGUAAUAUCACGUAUUAUUUUGACAACAUCAGCAGCACAGAGCUCUACAGUGUGGACCAAGAGUUGCUUAAAGACUAUAUCAAACGGCAGAUAGAAUACUACUUCAGUGUUGACAACUUGGAACGUGACUUUUUCCUGAGGCGGAAAAUGGAUACAGAAGGCUUUCUUCCCAUCACUCUUAUUGCCAGUUUCCAUCGAGUUCAGGCCUUGACCACAGAUGUAGGCCUUAUAAUAAAAGCACUGAAAGACAGUAAAGUGGUAGAAAUUGUGGACCAGAAGAUAAGGAGAAAGGAAGAGCCAGAGAAAUGGCCUUUACCUGGCCAACCCAUGACAGACUAUGCACAAACUGACUUCUCCCAGCUAAUCAAUUGCCCAGAGUUUGUACCUCGGCAAAGCUUUCAAAAGGAGACAGAAUCUGCUCCUGGUUCUCCUCGCACUGCUAGUCCUGUGCCAACUAAAACUGAGGAAGUCAGUAAUCUUAAGACAAUGCCCAAAGGGCUUUCUGCCAGUUUGCCAGAUUUGGACUCUGAGGCAUGGAUUGAAGUGAAGAAAAGGCCAAGGCCUUCCCCAGUCAGACCUAAGAAACCAGAAGAAUCUAAAACACCACUGAAACAGAAAGACCAGGAUGAACCUGAGGAGCUGGACUUCUUGUUUGAUGAGGAGAUGGAACAGAUGGAUGGCCGUAAAAAUACUUUCACUGAUUGGUCAGAUGAAGAUUCAGACUAUGAGAUUGAUGACAGGGACGUGAAUAAGAUUUUGAUUGUAACACAGACACCCCCUUAUUUACGCCGACACCCAGGGGGAGACAGAACAGGCAACCACACAUCUAGGGCAAAGAUGAGUGCAGAGUUGGCCAAGGUGAUCAAUGACGGCCUCUAUUACUAUGAACAGGACCUGUGGACAGAACAGUUUGAGCCAGAAUACUCUCAGAUAAAGCAAGAAGUAGAGAACUUCAAGAAGGUGAAUAUGAUCAGUCGAGAGCAGUUUGACACUUUGACCCCUGAGCCUCCUGUUGAUCCAAAUCAGGAGGUCCCUCCUGGGCCACCCAGGUUUCAGCAAGUUCCUACAGAUGCUCUAGCCAACAAACUCUUUGGUGUGCCAGAGCCUUCGACCAUUGCCCGAUCUUUGCCAACAACUGUGCCAGAAUCCCCUAACUACCGCAAUGCCAGGACCCCCCGGACCCCUCGCACACCUCAGCUGAAAGACCCAACGCAGACGCCCCGCUUUUACCCAGUGGUUAAGGAAGGCAGAUUGAUAGAUGCCAAGACACCCAGGAAGAGGAAGACACGACAUAGUUCAAAUCCUCCAAUGGAAUGUCAUGUUGGUUGGGUUAUGGAUUCCCGGGAGCAUAGACCCCGAACUGCGUCCAUCAGUUCCAGCCCCUCAGAAGGUACUCCAGCCAUUGGCAGCUAUGGCUGCACCCCACAGUCGUUGCCCAAGUUCCAGCACCCCUCCCAUGAACUUCUCAAGGAGAAUGGUUUUACACAACAUGUCUACCAUAAGUAUCGCCGGCGCUGCCUUAAUGAGCGGAAGCGACUGGGCAUUGGUCAAUCCCAGGAGAUGAAUACGCUCUUCCGAUUUUGGUCAUUUUUUCUUCGUGAUCAUUUUAACAAGAAAAUGUAUGAAGAGUUCAAGCAACUGUCUUUGGAAGAUGCAAAAGAGGGGUACAGGUACGGACUAGAGUGCCUUUUCAGAUAUUAUAGUUAUGGGCUGGAGAAGAAAUUCCGACCUGAUAUAUUUAAGGAUUUCCAAGAAGAAACGAUAAAAGAUUAUGAAGCUGGGCAGCUUUAUGGACUUGAAAAGUUCUGGGCCUUUCUAAAAUAUUCCAAAGCGAAAAACUUAGACAUUGACUGCAAAUUGCAAGAAUACCUCAGCAAAUUCCGGCGCCUUGAAGACUUCAGAGUGGAUCCCCCUAUAGGGGAGGAAGGGAGUUACAAGAGAUACCCAAUGGCACCCGGAGUCGAGGGAAGGAAGCGAUACCCAUCUCAGUCUUCCAGCAAACCAGUCAGCCAGACUCCAACCAAUCAAGUCCCUGUUUCAUCCAGCCAAGGCCCCACCUCAUCUAGCCAGCUCAUCCAGGCAGAUGCCAAAAACCUGAGUCAGCCACAUGCAGUUUCCACAGCAACAGUGGAAACACAAACAGUGGGGAAGUAGAUGUACCAGACCUUCAAAUGGAAAGGGGCAGGGACACACAAGGGAGUUGGAAUGGGGUGUCCAAGGCCAGGCUGCUUGCAGGAGAUGGGGAACUAUAGCGCACAUCAUAUUUUUUUGUUGCCUGGAAAAACAAGAUGAUACAAGUUGAAAGUAUCCUUUCCUCUCUAUGAUUUGAAGUCAUCGAUUGGAGUCAGAGCCUCAUAUUUUCAUGUCUUAGGACUAUUUUGGGUUAGGGAUGGG